AAUAGUGACGUGUUUUAUAGUUUUGUAUAAUUUGUGCUUUGUUAGUUUCCUUACAUGGUUUGAUUAUAAUUACAUUGGAUAUAUAAAUACAAUGAGUUGUGGUUCUACAUGUAUAAAGGAGACUGGUCCUGAUACAUGGUAUAACAAUUACCCAAUUUUCUCUAGCGGAAAGAGACAGUCGCCUAUAGAUAUAGGAACAGAAUAUGUCGACUACGAUUCUUCAUUGUCACCUAUCAAGAUUAAUUACAAACCAGAAAAACUUUUACAUAUAGUAAAUACAGGUUUAUCUGUAAGGGCAGACAUCAAAGAAACUUCAGAGAUCAGCGGCGGACCACUCGAUGGAAAGUAUAGACUCGAACAAUUCCAUUUCCACUGGGGAUCAAAUAGUAAUAAAGGUUCAGAACACACCCUCAACGGUUACACAUAUGCUUCCGAGCUUCACUUGGUGCAUUGGAAUAAAAGUAAAUAUUCUAGCUUUGCUGAAGCCGCAGACAAGUCGGAUGGUUUGGCGGUAUUGGGAUUCUUUAUUAAGGAAGGACAAGAACACAAGGAGUUAAGAAAACUGACAGAUGGAAUUCAACGGAUCUUUGAUAAGGAUGCCCUUACAAAAAUCCCGGAUAAAUUUGAUCCGAAGCAUAUCCUACCAUCUGAUUUGAGUAAUUACUGGACAUAUGAUGGGUCACUUACAACACCUCCAUUCUAUGAGAGUGUACAGUGGAUUGUGUUCGCCGACAUGAUAGAAAUGUCUCCGGAGCAGCUUAAUCUACUACGAUGUAUGAGGAGUUGCUCGUGUGAAGGAAAAUAUAUAAUAGACAAUUACCGCUGUCCACUUCCUCUUGGGGAGAGGAAGCUGAGAUCAUCAUUCAGAAUGCUGUCUACAUAUUUAUGAAAAAAGUGCUAUUUGUAAUUACAUCAUAACGUUUAACGUUUCAUACCUACCUGUAUAUAAUGUUUCCUUUAUAUUGGAUUCUGCAAUUUUCUGAAUGGUUGUUCAUUAUUUUUUAAUUGUUUUAUUGGACAAUGUGAUUUUCAGUCAAAUUUCAGCAAUAAAUGUUUUUAAUAUACAA